AUGAGGCCGAGCGGACGGGCGCUGCGAUCGCUGACCGCCAAGGCGUCGGCGUCCGCGUCGGUCUUCCGCGCCGUCGACUCGGCGCCGCCGCUCGAGAUCUUCAGCGUGGUGGCGGGCUUCGCGCGCGAUACCCACCCCAGCAAGGUCGACCUCGGCAUCGGCGCUUAUCGUACCAAUGAGGGACAGCCUUGGGUGAUGCCCUGGGUGCAGCGAAUUGAGCAGCUUAUGGGUCAAGACAAGACAAGAAACCAUGAGUACUUGACAUUCCUGGGCUGUGACACUUUCAGCCAAGCAGCAACUGCCCUGUUGUUGGGACCAGAAAGUGAUGUUGUGAGGCAGGGAAAGGCCUUUGGCAUACAGAGCCUCGGGGGAACGGGAUGUGUACGUAUUGGAUCUGAAUUCUUAUCCAGAGUACUGAAUUACAAUACUGCCUACAUUCCUGCACAAACUUGGGAUAACCAUCACAGAGUUAUGUCUCGAAGUGGAUUCACACACUUGAAGGAGUACAGGUAUUGGCAUCCUCUGAAUAAGGCACUAGAUUUUGAGGGUCUAACUGAAGACUUGUCAUCUGCUCCCAAAUAUUCUGUGGUGGUGUUACAUCCAUGCGCCCACAAUCCUACUGGCUGUGAUCCAACACAAGAACAAUGGGAUAGGAUUGCUGACAUUAUUCAGGAAAGAAAACUCUUUCCAUUUUUUGACACAGCCUACCAAGGCCUGGCUUCAGGUGAUGUUGACCAAGAUGCAUGGGCUGUUCGUCAUUUUGUUAAAAGGGAACUUGAAUUGUUUUGUGCUCAAUCUUUCUCCAAGUCCUGUGGAUUGUAUGGUGAACGAAUUGGCAACUUAACAGUAGUUUUGCAUGAUCCAGAUCAGAUUGAGAAGAUGAGAUCACAGUUUCGUAUUAUUGUGAGAGCCCUGUACUGCAGUCCUCCAAGACAUGGUGCACAGAUUGUUUCCACAAUGCUUCAAGACCCAAAUAUGCAGGAGGAAUGGCGAGCAUGCUUAAGGGAAAUGGCUGGCCGAAUCCGAGACAUGAGACACAGUCUGAGACAGAAGCUUGAAGGAAUGAAAACACCAGGCACCUGGGAGCACAUAACUAAACAAGUGGGGAUGUUUUCAUUCACAGGUCUUACAGAACACCAAGUUCAGUACAUGAAGGAAAAGCACCACAUAUACAUGUUAAGCAGUGGAAGAGCCAACAUGUGUGGACUCAACAACAAAAAUCUGGAUUAUGUUGCAAGUGCUAUCCAUGAUACAGUGACACAGAUAAAAUAAAGGUAGAAAUUCAACACUCAUCCAAGAGCGAACUGUGUUGUUUUGAGUUACAGUGAUUGUUCCUUUUUAAUGUGAAUGUUGACCAGUCUGCCUGUUACAUGUGUAUUGCUCUCAAGUAAAUUUGCUAUGGGAACACGUUUAUUAAUAUAGCUGUGCUAUCAAAUCAAAAGGAAUAAAAGUAUGAAAUACUACA